AUGAAUGCGAUUGAGGAGGAUCGCUGCAAGGAGCUCCGCGACCUGAGCAUCGUCAACCUCAUUGUCUCGAUCGUCAUCGUCAUUGGCAUGCUCGUCAGUUACCUCCCUCAGCACGCACGCAUCAUCAAGCGCCGCACUUCAGAGGGCAUUUCCCCCUACUUCGUCCUCCUCGGCACCACGUCAGCGACCUCGGCCUUUGCGAACAUUCUCCUUCUCCCAAAGUCUCGCCAGGAUGUGGCCUGCUGCAAGGAAUUAGAAACCUUCCACUGCAUUGCUGGCCUUCUGGGCAUCGCUCAGCUUGGCGUGCAGUGGAUAUGCUUCACCUUCAUUUUCGUUCUCUUCCUCGUGUUCUUCCGCUACGGUUCCGACGACGAUGCUGAGAUUGAAGAGCUGGACGACCACCAACCGAGAUGGCAGACUGCUUUGCUCGUCGCAUCCUUGACUUUGCUGCACGGCCUCGCAGUCAUCGUCAUCACGGGCGUCCUGUCGGCCGUGGCUAAGGAAUCCCUGCCUACCUGGGCCAAUAUCCUCGGUGUCAUGGCGGCUCUCCUCGCGGCUGUGCAGUACAUUCCCCAGAUUUGGACCACGUACCACCUCAAGCAUGUGGGCAGUCUCAGCAUCCCGAUGAUGUGCAUUCAGACUCCUGGUGGUUUUGUCUUCGCAGCCAGCUUGUUUGCCCGGCUCGGCUGGGGUGGGUGGAGCUCAUGGGGGAUCUUUCUCAUGACUGCUACGAUGCAAGGGGUCCUUCUGUACCUCGCCAUCUACUACGAGAUUCAGGCCCACUCCACCGACAUUCCGAAGCCACCAUCGCCUGACAAUACGCCCCUUCUCCCAUCCGACGGCCACCAUUCUGAGUACGGCACCAACCGGGGCUAG